GAAGUUGGUGUCGACCGCGAUCAGUCGCAUGAUGACGUCGAGAGGGAUCGAACGCGCCCCUCAGCGUCUCUGAGUCGAGAGGACGGGUGUGUGAGACAUGUAAUAAUAAAGAACUCUUCCUGGUCAAGUUACGGGGUGACAUCCUCUCCUUCCCGCGCCUCCUGGAAUGUUGCCUCGCGCCGCCCGUGGCUGCUCCUGCUGCCGCUCCUCCAUAACCACCUUCAGUAGACUUCUCCACGGGUGCCGGCCUCGCCUCACCUGAAGGCGGCGGGGUCAGGAGUCCUGGAGGGCUGGGACAAGAUGCUCAAGACGGGACUGUGCGAGGUGGGCUGCCCAGGCCUGGGGGCAUUGUGACGGCUCGCUCCUCCUGCACGCGCCCACUCCCUCCUUCACUCACCAUGGGCAACGGUAUGAACAAGGUGCUGCCGGGGCUCUACGUGGGCAACUUCCGGGACAGCAAGGACCCGGAGCAGCUCAAGACCCAUAACAUCACUCACAUCCUCUCCAUCCACGACAACCCCAGGAAACUUCCCUGCAACUCCGACAAGGAGUACCUGUGUAUUAUGGCGUCCGACUCCCCAGGUCAGAACUUGAUGCAGUAUUUCUCUACCUGCAAUGAUUUCAUCCACACCGCCAGGCUGAAGGGAGGUGGAGUCCUCAUCCACUGCCUGGCUGGGAUGUCUCGAUCGGUGACCGUAGCAGUGGUGUAUGUGAUGUGUGUGACGUCACUCACCUGGAGAGACGCUCUCAAGGCUGUGAGAGGAGCUCGCAACGUGGCCAACCCGAAUGUCGGCUUCCUCAAGCAGCUACAGGACUUCGAGAACGAGAGGAUGGUGGAGGAGCGACGUCGACUGAAGGCCAAGUACCCAGACGUGACGCUGGAGGAUGAAGAUGAACAAAUGGCGAAGCAGCUCCUAGCCUCAUACUACCACUCCAUGAGUGUGGGGGAGAUGUGUGAGGGGAACUGCCCCCCUGGAGUGACCUGUCCCAGAGGUCUCUGUCACCCUGCUAGGAGAGUCGGUCUCUUCAGGAGGAACUCUCGCGACAACUCCGGUAGCAGGUCGUCGAGUCCCUCGCGCAGGUCCUCUAGUCCCUCCCCAUCGACUGGUAGCCCAGGCAGUUCCCCAGUGUCUCCCCGCCGCAGCUGCCCCACUCCGCCCUCCCCACUCACUCGCAGAAACUCCCGUAGUGGCAGCAGUUCACCGCAACUGACUCCUCCACAGCAGGCAUCACCACCACAAAGACGCAGCUCCUCUCCAUUGAGUUCCCCAAGACAUGCCUCGUCACCUCUCUCCUCCCCAAAGCGUGGCACAUCACCAACCAGUCCAAAGCGUGAGGCAUCACCUGUAAGAUCUGACAAUUCCUCUCCUACUGGCUCCCCCGUGUGUGGUUCCUCCCCAUCAAUCUUUACAAAGAACUCACACAUUCCUCCAUUUGUUCACAGACACACAUACACCUCCCCACCCGGAUCGCCGAAGCGUAGUGCCUCGCCAAUUCCUCCCCAGAGUCGCAGCUCUUCACCUUUGUCCUCUCCCCAACGCUCAUUCUCUGCUCCCAACUCUCCACAACGCUCACUGAGGAAGGAGCCUCCAUCGUCUAAAGGAGUAUUUCGUCAGAGCUCACUGUGGCAGCACUCAUCGAGGAAGAACGAUGCGGACAACCGAUGCCCCAAGCCAAGUUCUACUUUUCUGGUAGUGGACAACAACAGAGAUGCUCAGCACAAUGAGAAGGAGAUUAAAGUAGAAGAAAAUAUAGCUAGGCAGCAUCUCAAGCCAGAACAGGAUAAAAGAAUCAUAGCACAGGAAAGCACUCCUAGCAGUGCCAUAAACACUUCCAAUCAGUCGUCGUUGUCUCAGCCUCCCUUGAGUGAAGUGUCACCCACACAUCAUUUGCAUAGACAAGUGUCACUUCCAGUACAGCCCACACAGCUCUCUCAUCCCUGCCAUCCAAGCACCUUAGGGUCCUAUCUCCAAAUAUAUAGACAAUCAUCUCUCCCUGAGGAAGAUCCGGAAGAAUCUCUGCCCAACUCGACAGUAACCACAUCGGAGCAGCAGCUGUACAGAUGGAUCACCCACCGGUCUCAACCUCCUCAACCACUAACUUGUCCCUAUGAUGAACUGUUCAAGCAAGCAUCAAUGCAAGAGUCUAGAUACACUAGCAAACCUACAGCACAGAGGACAAACUCAUUACCGCCACAACCUAAUGAAAAUAACCAAAAUAAAAAUAACUUACUUAAGAAAGAAGGUUUCCUGACUCAGCUGACGACAAACCCGACGUCGAAGGAUCACUCAGGAAAGUUCAAUAAUGCAAUCUCGAGACAAGCAUCACUACCAGAUACUUCCUUUCUCGCAGGAUCCCUACAGCGUCGACCUCCACCACCUGCUGUACCGGAGAUCCUUCCUCGUCGACAACCAGUAGGAGCUUCUCCCCAGCAGAAAUCCCUGCAUCAGGGUCCUGUUGAUAAGCUCCCGCAAGAGCGCAGUCUUUCUCAACAAGACCAUAUAACAAAAAUCAAUUUACCACAACGAACUCCGCCGCCACUGCCCCCAAAUAAGCCAAAAUAUAUACCGAAAAUCUCGGAACUCACUUCUCAGAAAGCUAACACCUUCCAGCAGAUUACAGGAAACUACAAAGCAGAAGACAAAAGAACAUCAGAGCCUUCUAAAUCCAGUUUAAAGUUUCAUUCACUAAUAAAUCAAGACAGUAAGCCAGAACCACCGGUCAGAGGUCAGCAAGGGUGUCUAUGGAAACAGAAAGAAAAUAAAUCAGAGUCAUCUUUGAAUAAAGACAAUAAUUCAUGGUCAUCCUUACAUAAAGAUGACAAAUCUGGUCGACCUUCGAAAGAGGACAAUAAUUCAGGGUCACCCUUGAAGAAAAAUGAUAACCUAGCAUCACACUCGAAAGCAGAUGAUAAUCCAAGGUCUCCUUCGAAGAAAGAUGACAUUCAAAGAUCUCCCUCUAAAAAAGACGAGAAUCAAGUGUCUCUCUCGAAGAAAGGCAUUAAUCCAGGGUCCCCCUCGAAGAAACACUAUAAUCCAAUACCUUCCCAAAAGCAGGAUGACAAAUCAGGUUCAAUUUUGAAUAUGAAUGAUAACCCAGGACCUCCCUUAAAGAAGGAUUAUGAACCUGCAUCACCCUUAAAUAAAGACAAGAAUCCAGGCUUGUCGUUGAAGGAUGAUGACAAUCCAAGGAUGCCUUUGAAAAGAAGUAACAGUCAAGGCUCGACUUUGAAGAAAGAUGGCAAUCUAGGCAUGCAUUUAAAGAAAGAUAAUAAUCCAGAGUCUCUCUUAAAGAUUGAUGACAACCCAAAGUCGCCCUUGGAAAAAGAUAACAAUCCAGACUCGUCACUAAAAAAAGUCGAAAAAUUAGACUCGUCCUUGAAGAAAGCUGAAAAUCCAAGGAAAUCUUUCAAGCAAGUUGACAAUCCAGGCGCACCCGUGAAGCAAGUCGACAAUCCAAGUGCACCCGUGAAGCAAGUUGACAAUCCAAUUGCACCCGUGAAGCAAGUCGACAAUCCAAUUGCACCCGUGAAGCAAGUCGACAAUCCAAGUGCACCCGUGAAGCAAGUCGACAAUCCAGGCACACCCGUGAAGCAAGUCGACAAUCCAAGUGCACCCGUGAAGCAAGUCGACAAUCCAAGUGCACCCGUGAAGCAAGUCGACAAUCCAAGUGCACCCGUGAAGCAAGUCGACAAUCCAAGUGCACCUGUGAAGAAAGUUGACAAUACAGGCACACCCGUGAAGCAAGUCGACAAUCCAGGUACACUGGUGAAGAAAGUUGACAAUACAAGCGCACCCGUGAAGCAAGUCGACAAUCCAGGCGCACCCGUGAAGCAAGUCGACAAUCCAAGUGCACCCGUGAAGCAAGUCGACAAUCCAGGCGCACCCGUGAAGCAAGUCGACAAUCCAAGUGCACCCGUGAAGCAAGUCGACAAUCCAGGUACACUGGUGAAGAAAGUUGACAAUACAAGCGCACCCGUGAAGCAAGUCGACAAUCCAGGCGCACCCGUGAAGCAAGUCGACAAUCCAAGUGCACCCGUGAAGCAAGUCGACAAUCCAAGUGCACCCGUGAAGAAAGUUGACAAUCCAGGUGCACCAGUGAAGCAAGUAGACAAUCCAGGCUCACCCAUGAAGCAAGCCGACAAUCCAGGUGCUCCGGUGAAGCAAAUCGACAAUCCAGGCUCACCAGUGAAGCAAAUCGACAAUCCAGGUGCACCCGUGAAGCAAGUUAACAAUCCAGGCUCACCACUGAAACAAGUCAACAACCAAAACACUCCCUUGGGGAAUGAAAAGAAUACAGGCGUGCCUUUGAAGAAAGUCGACAAUCCUGUCUGUCUCUUGAGCCAAGGCGACAAUCCUGUCUGUCUCUUGAGCCAAGGCGACAAUCCUGUCUGUCUCUUGAGGAAAGACGACAGUCCAGGUUUGCUUUUAAAGGAAGACUCUAAACCUGGCUCAUCCUUCAAGAAAAAUGAAAAUCUAGAUUCGUUUUUGAAUAAUGAUGAAAAUCUAAGGUUGCACAUAGAGACAGAUGAUAAGCAGGUGUCUUCCUUGAAGAAAGAGGAUAACAGAGAGUUCCUCAUGAGGAAAAAAACUAAUCCAGGGCCGCUCUUAAUAAAAGAUUAUCCAAUGAAAGACGCAAAAUCAGGUUCUCCCUUGAAGGAUGAGAAAUCAGAUUCUCUCUCAAAAUGUGAUUGCAGAACAGGCUCCCCAUUGAGGCAGAUCUCUAAGCUCGAGUUUUCACUGAAAGAAGACAAAAACACAGGGUUCUCCACAAAGAAAGAUAAUAAAUCACAGUCACCCUUGAGUUCGGAGUCCAGUCCGGAUUUUCCACUGAAGCACCAGACAUUCGAACAAGAUUCUCCUUUAAUGGAAGAGCAUAACCUAGGCACCUUAAAGAGAACCGCUAGCUCAAAAUCCUCGCAAAUGGAUCAUCCACAAGGGUCUCCUUUGAAAAUGAAUCACCCACCAUGUUCCCCUUUAAAAACGACUCACAAACCAGGAUCACCCUUAAUAACGAUUCAUCCACCAGGUUCCCCUUUAAAAACAGAUCAUCCAGCAGGGUUACCCUUUAGAAAGGGCAAUCCACCUGAUCCCUCUCCAAAUAUUGAUUAUUCACCCGAUCCCUCCCUGAAAGAUGAAGAUGAUGAUACAUCCAAUCAGUCCUUCAAAAAUAAUCCUUUACUUAGUUCCUCAUUGAAAAAGGAUCACCCACCUGAUCCCUUGUUGUUAAAGGAUCUUCCAUCUGAGCUGCCGUUUAAUAUAUGUCCAACAUCAGAGUCGCCCCUGGAGGAGGAUCACUCACUAGUCUCCCCAGUGAAACGUGAUCUUGAACCUUUAAUAAAAGAUCAUCCAUUAGGGAUGCCCUUCCAAAUUAUUCAUGCACCAGGGACUCCAUUUAAAAAUUGCCAUGGACCUGGAUAUCCUUUUAAAAAUAAGUAUGGGCCAGGGAUUCCUUUUAGAAAGGAUCGUCCACAAGCACCCUCCAUGAAGAAGGUUGUUAGACCUGUGUUAUCUAUGAGCCUUGACCAAAACCCAGAGUCGCCCCUGAAUCUCAAUUCCAGACCAGAUUCACCCUUAAAGCUGCUUUUUAUACUAGAAUCUUGCUUGAAAGAUACUUAUAAAUUAGAAGAGGCCUCGCCAGAGUCUCUUAACCAUCGCUCUUCACCAACGGCAUCUCCACCGUCCCCAUCACCAUCGAAUACUAGCAGCUGCACCAAGUCGAUCACCACCGAAACAGAUAAAUCGAUCACCACAAGCAGCAGUAAGGCGGCGGCCACCAGCACAUCUGGUACCAGUUGUAACAGCAGGUGUUGCAUGUCAUCUGCCAACUGCGUCCACAAGUCGAGUGUCGGCUGCAGUGUCGUAUCUAAACCAGAUGCUCAAUCUUCUUGCCUUCUCCAGCGAUCUCCUCUGGUCGUUCCUGAAAACACUCAGCAGUUACAUGUUGCGUCCAAUGCAGAACAACAAUCCCAGGAAUCCACAACCGACGCCACAGUACAAAUUCAACUUCAAACAGCCACCACAGCAUCGAAGCAGAAGGAGCAUGGACCAUCAGUAAUAAGAAAGCAGCAGCAACCCAACCCAUCAGCAACAGUCCAGCAGCAGCAACCCAAACCAUCAUCAACAGUCCAGCAGCAGCAACCCAAACCAUCAUCAACAGUCCAGCAGCAGCAACCCAACCCAUCAGCAACAGUCCAGCAGCAGCAACCCAAACCAUCAGCAACAGUCCAGCAGCAGCAACCCAAACCAUCAUCAACAGUCCAGCAGCAGCAACCCAACCCAUCAGCAACAGUCCAGCAGCAGCAACCCAAACCAUCAGCAACAGUCCAGCAGCAGCAACCCAACCCAUCAGCAACAGUCCAGCAGCAGCAACCCAACCCAUCAGCAACAGUCCAGCAGCAGCAACCCAAACCAUCAGCAACAGUCCAGCAGCAGCAACCCAAACCAUCAGCAACAGUCCAGCAGCAGCAACCCAACCCAUCAGCAACAGUCCAGCAGCAGCAACCCAAACCAUCAGCAACAGUCCAGCAGCAGCAACCCAAACCAUCAGCAACAGUCCAGCAGCAGCAACCCAACCCAUCAGCAACAGUCCAGCAGCAGCAACCCAAACCAUCAGCAACAGUCCAGCAGCAGCAACCCAAACCAUCAUCAACAGUCCAGCAGCAGGAACCCAACCCAUCAGCAACAGUCCAGCAGCAGCAACCCAAACCAUCAUCAACAGUCCAGCAGCAGCAACCCAACCCAUCAGCAACAGUCCAGCAGCAGCAACCCAUCAGACCUUCCACACCAAUUCAGCAGCAGCCCAAACGAACCUCACAACUGCUACAGUCACCCAAACCUUGCUGGUCUCAGUCGAAAUCUUCUUCCAGUGCACAGUACAUUCUUGGUCAACCCCAACAGCCUUCAUGUCCGACCUGUCUUCCCAUUCAGCCCAGAGCGCCGUAUUCUUCUAAACCACUAUCAAUUGGCUGUCCAUUAGACACGUCCAAUCCUGAAACUUCCAAACUAUUAUCAACAGAUAAUCUGACAAUCCCACCCAGCCCAGAGGCUACUAAACCAUCCUCAAGAGAUCCUCAGACAACCCAAUCCAACCCAGAGACUUUCAAACUAGUAUCUCCUAACCCAUCAAAACCCGAGGAUAAUGUUUGCUCCGUCGUUCUCUCACAAAAGGAUGCUGGCAGGCUCUCGAAGUCUCUAAAAGCUACUUGUGCAUCCAAUAAAAUCUGUUCUAAUAUACUAAUUUCUGAUGCCUCCAGAGUCCAAGACUCCGAUCACCAGGUUAACCAAAAGGUUAUCAAUGGAACGCAGGAAUUUACUGGCAGUGUGAGGCCAAAUAAGUCCUCAGAGCAAGAGCAGCAGGGAGGUAGCUUAGAAAAGUUUCACGAGCUCUUUAAACGGUGUUCAGUGAAGAACUUGCCCACGGUUGCCAGUCCUCGUACAGAAGCGCCAACUCUAUCAAAAACGCAUGCGGAUAACAUUUGCAUGGAUGCUGGACCAUCAGUGCCUCCUCCUCAGUGACAAUCAGCUGUGGCCUUCCGGCUAGAGCAUAAGAACCAGCACGUCCUCUGUUUCUCUCAAGACUCCCUGAUCUGUGUACACCAAAACCCGCCCCCUCAAGACGUGUGAAGUAUAUCAAUGAGAGAAUCAUCAUAUUCACGAAAUUCUUGCCAAAUGACAACAAUAUCGACGGAUCUUGCUCAAAACUAUAUAUAUUUUUAUGCACAAAUUUAAGCUGAAUAGCAAAAUCAUACCUGUUUUUCUAUGAUAACAUUGUUAACAUACGGUAUUCGUAAGAAAAAUGUUCCGAAGAACAUUAGAAGCCUUCAUUGUUUGUGACGGAUUCAUUCAGACCUACAACCUUCUAAAGUAUAAAUCCGGCCACUCUGGUUCCUGACGAUACCAUGACUACUUUUAAGAUUUCUUUCGUCUGGUCCUCAUUUUCACUCAUGAAUAUUGAGUUAAUACGUCACAUCUAUACAACUGUUGAUGCUUUGCUGUGACUAGUAGGUGAAGGACACUGCUCCACACGGAGCAGCACAUUCACACAAGCACAGUGAGACAACAAAUCUUCCAGGGACUUACAUGCACUCCAUAUAUAUAUAAAUGUAUUCUCUGAAACGACCCCUGGCUGAUACAGGUUCACCAGCGUCUUGCUGUAUGUAAAGUGUGUUGUGGCCGCUCGUGACGGCGGAGUUGAGAACCACUGAAGUAAGAUGCAAGACAAAAGAGAAAGGGUGAACUAUAGAGUAAUCUUCAGGUUCAUAGAAAUACUGAAUUACAUUCGCUAUGCUUGGUAUUUUUGUAUUUUGAAGAAGGUUGAGCGUGUUUCAGAGAAAGUAUAAAAGUAUACAAAGCUCCUAACUUCAGAACGUUAUGAAGACAUCAAGAAUAAAGUAGACUGUAUGUUGCGAUUAUACCAAAACAACGCAAGAGUUUCAUUUAUCAACUAUAUUUCAACUAAAACAAUUGAAAUAAUAGAAAUCCCUAUGCCCUAACAAGAUUCACUUGUACAAGAUUAUGUCAACAAUGAUCCUGUUUGAGACUCCACAUUUAGAAGAACCUUUAGACCAUAAACUCCUAAACAGCUCAGUGUUAAGCGUCUUGAAACGACACAAAGGACUAUAAUACAUGUCCCAAGUGUCUAUGAUACAUGUCUCGCACAGGACAAAACUGUUGUUGAGCCGUUAGGCUAUCGGAACCUGUCCUUCAUUAGACAUUCUGAGUGAGGUGAUGCAGUAUAUUUGAAAACAUUAAAAAUGCAUUAAUUUUCCACAAGUAUCUCCAAUUUACGUGUCGAAUACAGUGUACAAAGUGUAAAUUCGACGAUCAGAAGAGGUCAGCAGUUUUUGAGGAUGGACAAAUGAAGACAGGUGAAUACUAGCAAUUAUAAAGAAUUAUGACAAAUAGUUCAUUCAUGCUUAAAUGUACGUCUGUGCUUAUUGUGCUCGACACCCGCACGGCCAAUUUUACACCAUUCAUUGUUUAACACCAUCGUUGUACAUUAUCAUUCCAUUUUCUAAGCUUUGUAUGUCACAUAAGUCGUUCUGGCUUAAAUCCCUCCCCGGUCGUUGACAAUGACAAGGCCUCGACGAGGAAACGAGGCAAUAUCAAUAUGAGCUGGUGACAGUGUAUCAUCGUCCUCACCUGUCACCCUCCCUCACUAUCACCGUCACCGCUCACUGACAGCCGGCACCAUCCACCACCACAAUCACUACUAUCAACUUCAUUUCAAUUCCACGUAAACCCGCACAAACUCACCUUCAUCCACCAUCACGUCACAUCCAUCCACACCCGCACCUACCCACGUUCACUGGCACCUACCCACACCCACUGGCACCUACCCACACCCAACUGCACCUACUCACUCCCUCCUGCACCUACACACACCCUCCACCCACUGCACCAUCAAACACCCACCCAUAACCCCAUUCCCCCACCCUGCACCCACCCACACCUGCCUCAUUCCAUUAGAAGCUUCAACUGUGAUAGACACUAGAUAAAAAGUUGUUUAUUUUUGUAGGAGAGUUUAGGCGACCUGGCAGCGUAUCUUACCCUCUGUUACGCUCAUUGGUUCCGUACCAUUUUCGACCCCUCGCUGCCCCCUCAGCAAUAGCUCUGGGAUGCACGGAAUGAACAAAGUGCCCCAGUACAGAGGAAUACCCGCUUCCUGCAGUGUAUCUUUAACAGGCACGGGGCCUUACCUCUGCGUAGACCCAAGGCAUAGGCGUAUCCCGACGUCCUUGCUUGCUUCUCAUAACUCUGAUACGGCCCAACCUCCUUCCUCCCUCGUCUCUCCUCCUCCUGGAGUUCUAACUUAGACCGGUACGUGGAAUGCUAUAGCAUAAGACCAAAAUAUGUGUGUCGAAGGCUUGUCUUUGAAAAUCGUUGACACGACAUUAGUCAUCCUUCGUCACGCUUUAUUUGUCUUAAGAGACAUUUCUCUAGUACCAAGCCUUUUCAGUCUUUUUUCCAGAUUGUGGCUUUUCUCAGCGCCUUCUGAAAGUCAUAGUGAAACUGACUGCUUGAAUAUGCACAAAAACGCCGUAGUGUUGUCUCCAGUAAAGUCUAUGAAACACGUACUAGCAAAAAACAUAUGAAUAGACAGGUUCAUUAUAGAUGGAAUCUUUUGAGGAUUACUUAGAUAAGAUUUUUCACAUAUAUACAUGUAUAGUCUAAAUACGUCAGCAAGAAGUAGCGAGAUUGUAUUCUUACGACACAAGCAUGCUAGCUUAUAGUAAAAAUCUACGGCAUUUGACGAACCAUAGAGAUAAGUAUAGAUACUGCAAAUAUACAUAUGCCCUUACAAGUAUGCCUGAACAACGUUAUCAAUGCCUUGAUGAUAGAAAGCCAUAUUAAUUAGUGACCAUCAUAGACUUCUAUAUACAUAUUGCAAGAAUAAUCACAAAAACACGUGAUUCAGUCAUGUGCAAGUAUCCACAUUUUCUAGUUUUUCCUAUGUGGAUACUUUCACAUACACACACGCGCGCACAUAUAUAUAUAUAUAUCUCUAAUACACAUGUAAUUAUACACAACAACAUUUUGAGUAUUGUUAAUUUUGUAUGGAUAUUUUCCAUUCUAUGUAAACACCUACCAAAUAGUGUGAAGAAACACAAAACCACUUAAUCUUUCCACUUUAUUUCUUCAACGUUUCGACAACAAUGUGACAUCUUCAGGAGUAUACCCUUUGACACUUGGGGCACAGGUAUACUAAUUUUACAUGUUGUUAUUUUAGAUUCAGCUACUCGGAACAAAAAGUUCCAAGUAGCACGGGCUAUGGUGAGCCCGUAGUGGACUUACCUGGCACAGGAGCUGGGCUGUAACUCUGUAAUUUUACAUGAUUGAUUGAUGAAGAUUAAGCCACCCCAGAGGUGGCAUGGGUAAGAAUAAGU